AUGUCAAAAUUAGUAGCGUCUUCAGAGAGAAAAAUAGGAGAAAAUAAAUUAUUAAGCACGUCGGCCAAAAAAAGAUAUGAUCCUUAUGGGACAGGGUGCAGCGUUUGCAAGCAACGUACACACCAUCUUGGCGCAAAAUACUGUCCUAGCUGUGCGUACAAACAAGGAAAAUGUAGCAUAUGUGGAAAGAAAAUCCUUGAUACGAGUGCUUACAAACAAAGCUCAAGAUGA